ACCACUUUCUGAUUCUGAACAGAUCAACUUUUUAAAGAAAGCAAGACUAUAUAUUCAGCAGCAAAAGUAUGGUGAAGCGGUAGCUCUGUGCAAAACCCUGAUAAACCUUGCUUUGGAAGGCCUGUCUUAUUACCAUACUUACGACAGAUUGUUCCUGGGGCUAUGUAUUGCAAUGGGUUUUGUGGGCUGGACGACUUACGUGAUUUUGGUGAUUAUCAAGACCCAUACCAAUUUGACCAACACUGUCCAGACUAUUAACAAGGAAUCUACUGUUCUCUUCUCUGGUUUUGCGAUUGCUGGGGUGACAAUAGCUUUUUUCCUGUUGAUUCAAACAUGUCCUUGGACAUACUACAUCUACUGUCUCCUGCCAGUACCAGUAUGGUAUGCAGUUGUGAGAGAACUUCCUAUUAUUCAAGACCUUGCUGCAAAUCUCUUGUCACUUCAUAUCAAUCAGUCUAUAGGAUUCCUCUUGGUCUGUGUACUGGGAAUUGAAAUACUAGUCUUCAGCUUUUUCUACCGCUCUACGCUUACUAUUGGUCUUCUUGUCUUUGCUGGCUGGCCAGUGAUCACACAGCUGUGGGUUCAAGCAAAGACAACAGCGUUGAUGUGGACUCUUCUGUGUGUGCUCCUGGCAGUAUUUCCCCUAAUGCCUGUUGUAGGAAGAGAACCAAACAUUCCUCUCGUAAUAGCAGCUGGUUUGCUGACUCUUUUGAUCUCAUGCUUCUCAUUGGCAUCUCUUUGUAAAAGAGGAAAUAAGUACAGAAAUAAUGAAGAUCUGAAAGUGCAUUUUUAUCAGAUGUUGAGUAUUGCACUUUCGACCUACGUUGUGAGCAGUACCCAUGACAGUCUUAACAGCAAACAGGGAUUGCCUGUAUUGAAUCAAAUUAUUAGCUGGGUUACUCUAGUUUCUUCCUCGGUGUUGCCGUUACUGAGCCCCACGUUUCUCUUUCAGCGACUGUUCAGCAUACUGCUCUCCCUGAUGUCCAUCUACCUUCUCCUCAGCACAGGGUACGAAGCUCUGUUUCCACUGGUGCUGUCUGGUUUGAUGUUUGUGUGGAUAGCUAUGGAGCAAGAAGCACUGCAGCACUAUGGUCUUUCAGUCAAACCCAAGCUUGCUGGUUUCAACUUUGCGUAUGCUACUGAUAUAACUCAGUUUCGGCAGCUGCACCUGGAUGACAUCCGAAGGGCUUUCUUCUUUGUUUUCUUCAUAGUGACAGCCUUUUUUGGCACUGGAAACAUAGCUUCUGUUAACAGUUUUGAUCCUGCUUCUGUCUAUUGUUUCUUGACUGUGUUCAGUCCCUUUGUGAUGGGAGGUUUGCUUCUUCUGAAGGUUGUAAUCCCGUUUGUGCUGGUAUCGUGUGCUUUCGAAGCUGUCCAAGUCACAACACAACUGUCUUCUAAAAGCCUUUUCCUCAUUGUUCUUGUGAUUUCAGACAUUAUGGCUUUGCAUUUUUUCUUUUUGGUUAAAGAUUAUGGAAGCUGGCUGGAUAUUGGAACAAGCAUUAGCCACUAUGUGCUGGUGAUGUCAUUGACCAUAUUCAUGAUGCUGAUGAAUGGACUGGCCCAGCUGCUAACCACACAGAGACUUGGACUUCUCAGAAGGACUAAGCACCAUUCCACGUGA